AUGUCAGAAGAAGCAGUUUAUAAACUGAGUAGUACCGCCUGCGUCCCUACUCCUGCGGCUCAUCUGUCUUUCCCUCCAAGCAACAAGGACGCGACUCAAAAACCCGUGCACGUUUCGACCCUUUACUACCAUACAGUCAUCUUCAUAAUGCAGAUCAAGCACAUUGUUCCAGCCGCAUUGGCUGCUUUCGCGGUCCAGGCACAGAACAGCACCAUGAACCUCACUGCACUCAUUGGCUCCAACAGUAACCUCACAGGCCUUGCUGGACUCCUCCAGCAGUACCCUCAGGCGGCCGCCGGUUUGGCAAAUGCCACUAAUGUCACUUUGUUCGCUCCCAGCAAUGAUGCUAUCAGCGCUGCAACAGCUGUACUCGGCUCCUCCAACGGCAACACCCAGGCCUUGGUCCAGGCUCUCCUCAGCUACCACGUUCUGCAAGGUGUCUACCACGCAAGCAACAUCACUGCUACGCCUGCGUUCCCACACACGACCUUGAACAACACUGCAUACAGCAAUGUUACCGGUGGUCAAGUGGUUGAGUGCCGAUUGGUUGGCAACACGACCGUUGAGAUCAUUUCUGGUUUGAAGACCAUUGCCAAUGUGACUCAAGCCAACCUGAAUUUCACCGGGGGUGUUGUCCACGUGAUCGACAGCCUGUUGCAGAUUCCAGGCAACUUCUCCUCCGUGGCAGUCAACGCCAACCUGACCGCCUUGCUCGGCGCUACCACGGCAACCAACCUUACCUCAGUGUUGGACUCCGCCAAAGACAUUACCAUCUUCGCUCCAUCGAACAGCGCUUUCCAGGGUAUUGGCUCGGCCACCAGCAACUUGACCGCUGCGCAGGCCGCCCAGAUCCUGGAAUACCACGUUAUCAAUAACACCAUUGCCUACAGCAGCAGCCUCGCAAACGCGACCAUUCCCACUCUUAACGGUGGCAAUGUCACUAUCACAAUCGAGAACGGCACCGUCUUCGUCAACGGCGCCCGUGUCAUCAACCCAGAUAUCCUCAUCUCCGGCGGUGUCAUGCACGUCAUCGACUCGGUCCUCAACCCCAACAACACCGCUGCCAGGGGUAAUGCAAGCGAGUCCGCCGCCGCUACUCAGUUCUCUGGUGCCUCUUCCGGCACUGUCGUCCCAUACACCAGCGGUGUGCCAACGCCAACGACCACAAUUGCCGUCCUCGUCACAAGCUCGACCAAUGUCGCCUCAGGCUACACCAGCCAAGCCCCCGCCGGUGGUGUCAGCUCGGCUGCGGUCGGUGGCGCAAGCUCUUCUAGCAAGGCCGGCGCCGCUGCCGUGCAGACCGGUGCUGUUGGUGCUGCUGCGCUUUUCGGUGGCGCUGCUCUCUUGGCCAACUUCUAA